CGCGUCGUUAUAUUCGUUGGAUGGAAUGUCGUUCGAGUAAUGAAUAAUUAAUUCAAAUCCCGAACCAACGGCCGGAUUUUCAUCGGGCUAUAAAGUAUAUUUUUUGAAAUGUCCGAGAAGUUUCGGUGACGAGAGUAGCCGCCGGUCGAGUGACGUGGUUUAGCGGAUGGGAGAAAGACUCGAUUUAUAUUCUUUGGGUUUAUCGUAAUUUAUCGAAGAAAUCAAACAUGUUGGACUUUUUAGACGAUGUCAGACGGAUGAACAAGCGACAAUUGAUAUAUCAAGUACUUAACUUUGGAAUGAUAGUUUCAUCAGCACUAAUGAUAUGGAAGGGACUUAUGGUGGUUACAGGAAGUGAAAGUCCUAUUGUCGUCGUACUGAGUGGGAGUAUGGAACCAGCAUUCCAUAGGGGUGACUUGUUAUUUCUCACAAAUCAUAGAGAAGAUCCCAUUCGAGUGGGAGACAUAGUAGUAUUUAAAGUCGAAGGCCGUGAUAUUCCAAUUGUUCAUAGAGUCUUGAAGUUGCAUGAAAAACAAGAUGGAUCCGUAAAAAUUCUGACAAAAGGAGACAAUAAUUCAGUAGAUGAUCGAGGCCUUUAUGCUCCAGGACAAUUGUGGUUAGAGAAAAAAGAUAUAGUAGGAAGAGCUCGUGGAUUUGUUCCAUAUGUAGGAAUAGUUACAAUAUUGAUGAAUGAUUAUCCAAAAUUAAAGUACGCUGUCCUAGGAUUGCUUGGUCUUUUUGUACUCAUACAUCGAGAAUGAUGACCAAGAAUUGUUUGGGAAUGAUUUCUCAAGAUUUUAAGGCAUUCACAAAAAUGAUCGAACAUUUUAUUUAACAAUAUUACAGCAUUGUCUUCCUAAGUUGGCUACAUAUUACUUUUAAUUAAAAGUAUCAUUGGAGAAAAUUAUUUGUCAUUUUAUUAAGAGAGAUGUUUAUGUACUGUUAUAUUUUAUUAUUAUAUUUUCAUUGUCUGAAAAUAAUUUUGUAAAAGAAAAAAAAUUGAAAUACUUUCUUAUUAAAGUGAUUGCCUUGUUUUUUUUAAAGUCA